CAUUGGCCGUCUUUCGAAGCAGACGCAUCUUCCUUCCCAUCCAGUGCCUGGAUAACCCAUCUUCAGAACCAAAACACCACCGCCAAGUUUAGCUGAUCAUCUGCCAUCCAUGGCAUGUGCUAUCGCUUCCUCCGCUAUUUCCAACCUUCCUCUAAAAAGAGAAAUAGCUAGAAAAUCCUUGCCAAUGAUCAUCAUGAGUGGGCUGCAACUUAAAUCAGAAAUGAAAUUUCUCCCAUUCAGAGGGGAAAUGGUUGCUAUGUUCUUUGCCAAUGCAUCCAUACGAACCCAAGUUCCAUUUGAGACCGAUAAAAACCAUUUGAUUAGCCACUCCAGGCAUUCAGUGCCUGAUGAUUUCCACAUGGCUAAUUGGGCUGAAGCAUGUGCGACCGAUCAAAGGCCACCAGAUCAUGACGAUUUCAUCAUGGAAUGCUUUUUGGCUCAUCAGAAAGUGGCUUCAAUUGGCUUCCCAGUGGCAGUUCUCGUGACAAAUGCAUUGAUGUUCUCCUUGCCUUUUGAAGCUUUGGCAGAAACAUGUGAGGCUGAUAGUAUCUCCACUUUCAACAUGCCUUUGUUACUCGGAAUUGCCCUUAUAGGGGCAGCAGUUGGAGGAUUGCUUGCACGGCAGAGGAAAGGAGAACUGAGGCGACUGAAUGAUCAGCUACGUCAGAUCAAUGCAGCACUUAGAAGACAGGCAAAGAUAGAGUCGUAUGCUCCAAAUCUGAGCUAUGCACCGGUUGGUAGAAUACCGGAAAAGGAAGUCAUCAUUGAUUCGAGGAAGCAGCAGCUGAUUUCAAAUUUGAAGACUGGGAAGAAUUUCCUGAGGAAUCAAGAACCCGAGAAGGCCUUUGCGGAGUUCAAGGCAGCUCUUGAGCUAUCUCAGAGUCUGGGAGAUCCCAUUGAGGAGAAGAAGGCUGCUCGAGGCUUAGGAGCAUCUCUCCAGAGGCAAGGCAAGUACCGAGAGGCAGUAAAAUACCACUCUAUGGUUUUGGCGAUAUCUGAGCGAGAGGGAGAGGAUUCUGGCAACACUGAAGCAUAUGGAGCGAUAGCAGACUGUUAUACCGAGCUUGGAGAUCUCGAGCGGGCUGGCAAAUUCUAUGACAAAUACAUUGCAAGGUUACAAAGCGACUGAUUUACUGUUCUCAGCAUAAUGAAUUAUGCUUUAAAGUUUUUUUUUUCUCUAAUUUAUCGUGUGGGCCACAAUGAGCAAUCCAAAUGAGCCCUGAAGUCUUUUCUACUUUUGGUAACCGUUUGAUGUCAAAACAUUCUAGUAGAGAUCUAACAUUUUAAUAGGCGGAUUAGACAAAAUUUCAAAUGAAGUUCCUUGCUCAGUUAAUGUUCU